UGGAACCGGAAGUCUCUCUGGCUGCGCAGUAGGUUGUGAGGUGGAGGCCAAGUUUGGAGGGAAGGUGUAUAGGAAUGAAGGCAAGGGGGUCCCAGCAGCCCACGGGGGCCCUGAGAAGGAGAUUGUGAUCUGUGGUUGGAGGGUGGAAGCGAGCUGUAUCGGUCAGAAUAACGUGGCCUACAAGUCCCGUGAUGUUUCCAUUCCCUCGCAAAAGGAGAAGGAAAGGGGACGUCUCUGCCACUGAACCAGUAGCCCCCCCACCAAUAUUAUUUCCCGAUAUCUGUAUAUUCUUGGUGGAGCGAAAAAUGGGGGCUGCACGAAGAGGCUUCCUCACAUCACUGGCACAGAAGAGAGGGUUUAGUGUGGCACAAGAUUACAGCGGCACUGUGACACAUGUAGUGUCAGAACAGAAUACUUUCACAGACGUCCUCAGCUGGAUUGAAAGGAAAACUGGGAACCCGGUGCAGAGUGCUGAAGAUCAAGCGUCACCACAUAUCUUGGACAUCAGCUGGUUCACAGAGAGCAUGAGUUCAGGAAAACCCGUGCCAGUGGAGGCCAGACACCGUUUAGGGGUUUUAGGAUCUCAGGUUUCCAAAGACAAGGAUGCACUUACUACCGUAGCACCGUAUGCCUGCCAAAGGCGAACACCAUUAAUCCAUCAUAAUUCAGAGAUUACAGACGCCCUGGAAAUAUUGGGAAAAGCAGCUUCUUUUCAGGGCUCUGAAGUCCGAAGUCUGGCUUUCGCAAGAGCGGUGUCUGUGCUCAAGUCUCUGCCAUGCAAACUACAGUCCAUUGAAGAAGCAAAAAACCUGGUCUGGUGUGGGGGGCACUGCCAGACUGUCAUCCAGGAGAUCCUGGAGGAUGGGGUAUGCCGUGAAGUGGAGGUGCUUAAAAACAGUGAACAGUACCAAUGUAUGGAGCUCCUCACAAGUAUUUUUGGUGUUGGUGUGCGCACAGCAGAACAUUGGUACAAUGAUGGAGUGCGGAAACUAAGUGACUUGGAGGACCCUAAUAUUAAAUUGACUGCGGAGCAGAAAGCAGGGAUAGAGCACUACACGGAUCUAAAGCAGCCGGUGACCCGUGACGAGGCCGAACGCGUGGAGAGCUUGAUAACAAGGGCACUGGACAGAUUUGUCCCUGGCCUCAGGAUUACAAUGACUGGUGGAUUUCGCAGGGGGAAGCAACAAGGGCAUGAUGUGGAUUUCCUCAUAACACACCCUGAUGAAGAAGCACUAAACGGGCUGCUGAAAAAAGCCGUAAACUGGAUGGAUAGCCAGGGCUUAUUGUUGUACCACCAUACAAAGGCACGCUCUCAUGGGCAGACUCGCAGACGCAGCACACACAUGGAUGGGCAUGAAACCUGUUAUGCUAUAUUCGCUCUUCCAAACCGUGACUCUUCAAAGGCUGAGUCGGGUGAUUUCACAUCCUCAGGCGCUUGCACGUGGAGAGCAGUCAGAGUGGAUUUAGUAGUCGCUCCAUAUGAAGAAUACCCCUAUGCCCUUCUGGGCUGGACAGGAUCAAAGCAUUUUGAAAGAGAACUGCGUCGCUUUUCUUGGCAUGAGAAGAAUCUGUCGUUAAACAGUCACGGGCUUUAUAAUACAGAGAAGGAAUGCUCCAUCCCAGCAACCUCUGAGGAAGAGAUAUUUGCACUUCUGGGUCUACAGUACGUGCCUCCCCCAUACAGAAAUGCCUGAUCGUCACUGUCAAGAUUGUAGCAGAAUUUCUCCUUAUCCAGGACAAGGACUUGGUUUGGCUGGUGAUCGGUAUGGUGGGACAGUCCUGCUGGAUGCUGGCGUCCACACGUUCUGGAAAACAAACAUGGCGAACACCAUAAGAGCGGCUGCAAAUUGUUUCUUCUGCACAGAUUUCCGUAUGGAAAAACCGUAGUGUAUUACAGUGCUGAGCUCUGAUUACCCUUGAAAAGACCCUGCACGAGGUGUGCAGCUCCAGAUCACCACAGGAGUCCAGCGCUGACAGAAUGGGGAGAGCUCCGAUCCCAGCCGUUCAAACUCCUAAGAUGCUGUGGUCAAUAUCAACCGUGGCAUCUGGGCAGAUGAGAUACUCCCCGUCACCAUCAGCCCCUGCGAACACCAUCGCGGGCAACCAUCAUGGCAACCAGGAAGGUAACAAAGGCCGCCACGACCGUGUGUAUUACACUGCCUACCGCUUAUACAGGGAGUCUCUGACGCAUUAUAAAACUGAUGUCCCCCUAAUGAGAAAAAAAAGUUUAUUAAAAAUAAAAUUAUUUUUGUGCAUAAAAAUGUUUUCUGUAAACCAUGGUUUUGCUGUGAUCUCCACAACCAGUGUACUAAAGAUGUCAAAUGCCUUGUGGACAAUGUUAAAAAUUAAAUUAUGGAAAUGUUUUUUUUUUUUAACUGAUCUGUGAACACUGACUACUUUCACACUGGCGUUUUGGCUUUCCGUUUGCAAGAUCCGUUCAGGGCUCUCACAGGCGGUCCAAAACGGGUCAGUUUUGCCCUAAUGCAUUCUGAAUGGAAAAGGCAUAAGUUUGGCUCCGCUCAGUCUUAAUUCCGCUCUGGAAGCCGCCUGCAGCGUUUUGCUGUCCGCCUGACGAAGCAGAGCCAAACGGAUCCGUUCUGACACCCAAUGUAAGUCAAUGGGGACGGAUCAGUUUCCUAUGACACAAUAGAAAACGGAUCCGACCUCUAUUGACUUUCAAUGGUGUUCAAGACGGAUCCAUCUUGGCUAUGGAAGACGGAUGCAUGCGGUUGUAACGGAUCUGCCCAAAAUGCGAGUGUGGAAGUAGCUGAAAUUUAAAUUGCAAAAAAACAAUUACAAUGUUGUCACAAAAAAUAAAAAAAAUGAUGCCUUACAAAAAACAAGUUGUCAUUUGGCUACAAAUAAGUUGAUGCCAGAAAAAAAAAAAACUGUAACCCCCUUUUUCUUUUUUCCAAGAAUUGCCCAGCUCUACCCCAAUCCUAUGGCUGUGAUGUAUAGGAGACAUGGGGAGGGGUCAGUGGCUGUCAGAUGAGUGCCAGGUGCAGCAGUCGGACCAAUCCCUGUGGGGCCAUUGUUCUCCACUAUAUACACAAGGUCUGGCUGUCAACAUCAGCUGAUCGCCGGGGGCAGCGCGACCCCUGCAGUCAGCUGGCGGCAGGGGGCACUGCAGCCUGAGGGCUCCGGUUCUGGAUCACCUGCCCCGUAGCUGGGACCCUCAGGGGCCACUUGCUCACUACCCUUAACCCUCCCCCCGCGGAGGUGACGGUUGUGUAUGAUCCACACGGAGCGGCCAGAACAAUACCGCUGCCAUUUGCCGGAGGUGAGCCUGUGCCGUGGGCAGCGCGGGCACCACACACUCGCUGGGAGAAGCGUCCCCGGGGUGGAGCAGAUCGCUCUUCCCGCCUUUUCUCCCUACCGGGACUAUUUACGUGCUCUCCGCAGCCCUCCCCGGAGUCGGCUCCACAACACUCCCAGUAUUC